UGUCAUUUAAUAAAUUAUUCUAUUACAGAGCGCAGAUAGUCCAAGUCAUCACACUGGUGAGCGUCGAGAGAGUCUAACGCAAAACAUGCUGCAGAAAUCGAUAAGGAUACUGAGGACACGUAAUAAUCGGGUUUGCACAUGUAACAGACGCCAGCAGAGGAGGAGAAAGAGUGAACGAAAAGCUAGCACCACCUUGGGCAUCAUCGUUGGUGCAUUCAUUGUUUGUUGGCUGCCGUUUUUUAUGCUAGCAUUGAUCAGACCAUUCUAUAAACCUGAUGACAUCCCUCAUUCAGUAUCAUCCCUGUUUCUUUGGCUUGGUUACUGCAAUAGCGCGUUGAACCCAAUUAUUUACACAAUCUUCAACAAAGAAAUCCGUAAGCCAUUCAUCUUGAUAAUGUGUUUACGCUGGCGCAACCUAAAUGAAUUGAUGCGCGAGGAGUAUUACUAUCAACAAUUUGGUGAACGAAGGACAAGAAACGGUACAAAUGAGGGUACAGAGAAUACUGAGCGUGCGGAUCUCGUCGAUAACCAGAUUAUCGGCCAUUAUAAUCAAGAUAUCGACAAUAAAAACCAGAACAUUGAUAAUAAUAACCAAAACCUCGAUAAUAAUAAUCAGGAUAUUGACCAUAACAAUCAAGAUAUUGACAAUAACAAUCAGGAUAUCAACGGUGACAAUCAACAUGUCGACGGUAAUCAAGAUACCGAUGAUAACAAACAGGAUGUCGAUAAUAAGAAACAAGACUUUGAUGAUAAUUUUAUUGAUAACAAUCAAAUUGUCAUUAAAAUUGAAGAAGAAUCUAAUGAAGUGCCUUCUUUCUGAUUUGAGGAACAUUCCUCGAAUAACGAGGAUGAUGGUAUUCGACAAAGAUCGUCGUCAUUCUGUAUAGACACUUUUCAAGUUAUUGCUGAAAUCCAUACGCCUUGUGUGACAGAAACCCUAGUAUAAUUAAUCAAGAAAAAUUUAGGAUAUAUUUUAUCGUAUAAGUUUAUAGGAUAACUCGUUGGUAUUUUCUUAAAAAAUGCUCAUAGUAUUUAAACAGCUCAUUCUCCUUUUUUUUUUGUUAAUUUAAAUGUCUCUUCUAUUGUCAUCAUUUUGCCAUUGUUGAUGUCCUGAUUGUUAUUGCCGAUGUCCUGAUUGUUAUGGUGAACAUAUUAAUUAUUAUUGUCAAUGUGCUGAUUGUUAUUAUCAAUGUUUCGGUUGUUAUUAUCGAUAUUGUUGAUAUUAUUGUUUCUUAUUAUUAGGAAUAAAGAAAAAUUUUUUCUGUGUAUCGUUUUACCUAUUUGUUACCUACUUAAAUUGUACCGACAGCUUUAUUUUAUCCUUUGUUAUUUUAUUUCAAAUUAUUGCCGACAAUUUUGUUGCUGAUAUUCCAAAUCAAUUAACUCGGUUAAUUUGGCAAUCGCUAUUAAAGUCUAAUUUUAAUCUACCUUAAAAAUUGUAAAUGUUAUAAAACUAUGUGGAAAAUGUAAGACUGUAUGGAUGCACUGUCUAUUCUGAUCUAUGCGAGAAAAAAUGUAUCACCUUUUUUAUGCAGCUAGAGAUGUCUAAAAAUUAUUUUUAUAACUUACAAUAAUAAAAAACAAUCAUUUUUUUAAUGUUAAAAAAUUGAAGGUUAAUUAUUCAUUUUUUAAUGUAUCUUUGCUCUUAAGAGGAUGCUGAAAAGUCGGAAUUACCGAUACAUUGUAGUCGUAACGAUUUCUCCGAAAUGACAAAACGGAAUUAAAAACCCUUUCACAGGAUUGAAUUAGACAUAAAAUGUAUUCGGGGAACGAA